UUGUCAAUGAAAGUGCAUAUGGUGUUAAAAUAAGCUGGAUUGUGGUUGUUUUGUUUUACUAUGUUCUGAACAAUUAUUAGUUCCUACUUCGUUAAGGUUUUGAUUUUACAUUUGGAUUAAAUACAUGAAAUAAUGAAUUUGAAUACAAUUUUAGCAGUAGUCUUUACUGUUAUAGGGUCAGUUUCCGUCGUAACCGUGUUAAUUUUACUAGGUUGGUUCCUGAUCUGGAAAGCAUUUUUAUCAAAAUUCCGACUUGUACGUGAAUUACUGGGUCAAGAAAACGGUGAUGAGGCACAACCUAUAGAGCAGCAACCUCAUAUAAGAGCGAAAAAAAUACGCCGAGACUAAUAUUACUAAACUGUGAGCAGUUU